UUUUCUUCUUUUCUUCUUUGUCUUCUUCAUCAGUUUGUGAAUUUGAAUCAACCAUGAAUUCACAGUACAUUUGGACUGUUGCAGAUUUUUUGGCUUUUUAUAGAGCAGUUCGUCGUACUUGAUCAAGUUUACUGAAAAUUUCAGCAGUUUUGUGAUUAAAAGGUCAGGAUUAAAAAAAUGUCUAAGUGGAGAACCAGAGAACCAAGCUCUCGAAUACUGUAUUUUACGUCAAAACUAGCUUCACCUCAAGUAGAUAAAACACUGACCUGCUGCUUUCAUACUGAUGCGUCGGCAUUUGAAGGCUUAUAGCAAGGACCAGUUUUUAUGCAGCGCCAAUAUUUUCAAUUGUGACACUUUUGAAAGCAGAUUUUUCACUUCAGAAAUAAGAAUUUCUUGAAUGUUGGUCUUUAAACACCAGAGAUCAGUCAUGUCUGUGCAGGUAUUCACUUAAGGGCGGCCUCUUAUAACCUUGUUAAGUAAUCAGACUUUUAGUAUAAGACACACACCUGACCUCAUCCUUGGAGGAACAUAUUGUACUGUUAAUAUUUCUGGGAGGGUUUUUUGCCGUGUUGCACCAUCUUUUAGUUGCCUCACAUAGCCUCUGCUGUGAGCUCUUUAUGACUGUUUCUUGUGCUAAGAGUACUUCUCAAAUAAUAGAGAUCAUAUUGAUUUACUCUCACAGUUUAUUUGGGCUGACUGUGGUCUCAUUUUCAUAAAAUUACAUAUUUUCUGUUUUAUGUCCUCUUAGUGUUUUAACCUGAAAAUCUGCCUAUUGGACGAAAUGGUGGGGUUUUUUUUGUAAGUAUCGGCAUUGUUGUUACUAAAUUUAGUGCUAUCUCACUAUCAUCAGUGGACACAUUACAAAAUAAUCCACCUCAUGAUCCAUAUGCUUGUUUUUUUGUGGUAUGAUCUUCAUUAUUGGAUUUGACGUAGAAAGAAAGAGGCUCUCUGGUUAGUCCUGUUUCAACAAGUCACACACACAUACACACACAGACACUAAAGAAGAAACUGAACUGAUUUACAUUAAUUUUUCCUGUCAGAACAAGUUGAUGUAAAUCCUUGUCGAGGAUUGCCUCAGCUCACCCUUAAACCAAGUCUUUUUUAAUCGCUCUGUUUUGAACGGCUUGUUUGCAUUUCACGGCACAGCAGAGGAGAGACAGAAGGUACACAGAGAGAAGAAAGAGUGACGAUGACAUGAGACAAAAGGAUGAGGGCUGGAGUCAGACCUGCGGCCUCACAGUGUUUGCUAAAUAAUUAUUUAAGAUGUUUCACCUGCAAAGAUUCUUUAUUUUGCCCUUUCAAAUGAUCUAUUUUUUCAUGGGAAUAAAUCACAGAUAGUUUUAAUAGUUAAUCAAGGUUGUUCCAUUCUUUUAAUCAUAUCUUAUAUUUAACUAUUUUGCAUUUCAAAAAACAACUAUUGUUUGUCCAAUUAAACAAUUAAAAGAAAUUCUUACCAGUGUCUUGAUUUCAAUACAGGUUUAUUUAUGAAGCACAUUCAAAACAACAAAACGCUGACCAAAGUGCUGUACGGUAAAAAUUAAAAAACUAUUAAAAGCAGACAAUUAACACGAACAAUAAAACAAAGACACAGGAACACAUUAGAAACAGGGGGACAUAGAUGGUUCAGUAAAAACAUGAUUAAAAUGCUAAGUUUUCAGGAGUUAAAAGCCAAGGAGUAAAAGUGUGUUUCCAAAUUUGAUUUGGUAAUCAAGCUUAUGCAGUGAUGUGUACUUUGUAAUUUUGACUUUCAGAUUUUAAAAAAUGAUUAAAUGAAUGAAUACUGCCCUUCUAAACAGUAUGAAACCCUGACUUGGAGGUAAGGAACAACUUUAGAGUGUCAUGGGACUACCUCAACUUAAACCUCAUCCCUACAAUACACUUGUUUUUAUUCCCCAUUUGGGUCAUGUGACAAGUGUCUCAGUCUCAGUUUCUAGUCCUCUAAAGUAAAUUUAAUGAAGAACACACUCAUGAUUCCUCACUGACCCUGGAUAAAUGGUCCAAGUGGUAACUGUAACUUUUUUGCCGCCUCUUAGCCAGAACUCCCUUGAAAAAGAUGGGACAUUUUUGGUUAAAUAAGUAAAUGAAAAACGUCUCCAUAAGAGCUUUAUCAAGAGCAGACACACAUGUAGACAUAAGCCAUAAGCCACAGGGCUAGCAUUGCCCUUUGACCUCAAUGAACAGGUUUAGCCUUUUUUUUUCAGGGAUGAUCUGGCUAAAGGAUACCUGUUGCCUCAUCUAAAACUAAUAAACACCCUCCCCUCAGGGUCCAGCCGUCAGGAGAUACCUGGGGAACUUUACAUUCUUCACUUUGUGCUGUGUUUUCACAUAAUGCUGGGUUUUAAAGUCACAUUUGACAAAUGGUUAAGGUGAACAUUACAAACCAGUUUAGCUAGUUUGAUUCUUCACCUUGCUCUUAUAUAUUUAUCUGCUGCAUCUUCGCCCUCUGAGUCUUUCAGCCAUGUCAGCUGUACAAACCAAAGACUUUGAUGAGAGCACUGCUUUCUUGGGGGACUACGGUCUCUUUCAGGUUCUGAUCAUAGUUAUGCUCAGUAUGAGCGCAAUUCCGUGCGGAUACAUGGGGGUGAUCGUGGUUUUCGUCUCGGAUACACCCGAACACCACUGCAAGAUCUCGGUCAUCUCCACGCGUAACGGCACGGAUGCGCAGCGCACGAGCAGCUGGAUUGGACCUGACAGCUGCUCCCGGUUCACAGGGAGUGGAAACGGGACCGGCAAUGAUACAGAGCUUUGUUUGGACGGAUGGGAGUUUAGUACGGAGAGAUACACCUCUACUAUUGUGUCUGAGGUAUUAUAGAAUAUAGAAUAUCAUCAUGAAGCACGAAAUUAUAUAAGUGUUAUGAUAUAUAUUUUUGCUCUGCGUACUGCCAGAUGUUGGCAAAUUCUGUUUUAUGACACUAUCACUAAUGCAGACUUUAAACCUUGUUUUCUCAUGUAGAUUUGGUUGUAGUUUAUUCAACCUUAUCUGGCUAUUUUUGUUCUCUCUUUUUUUUUUUUACAGUGGGAUCUAGUGUGUGAAAAUGCAUGGAAGGUCCCUUUUUCUACCUCCUUAUUCUUUGUAGGAGUCCUCAUUGGAUCGUUUAUAAGUGGCCAGCUUUCAGACAGGUAAAAUCUGCAGUGUGGGAACAAAAAUACAAAACUAAGUUGCCAUACAAAGCCAGAUUCAUAAAUAAUUCAAGACAAAAGCUCACACUUUUGUAUUAAAUCCUUAAAAAGUGAAUCAAACUUCCAUAAAACUACAAUAUUAAAUCAUUUUUACUGCUCUCUUGCUGAAUGAACUUUAUGCUUUUGAGUGAUUUGUAUUUCCAGGGCAAAGAAUGUGUGUUAAGUCCUGAGCUCAGAACUGGUUCCCCAACAUCUUAACUGCUCAUGUCUAACAUAAAGUCAAACUACCAUUAGUUUGUCCAAAAAUGUGAGUCUAGAGUCUAGUAAAGAAGAAGGCAUAAACAAUAUGUGUUGCAGAAUAAACUGCAAUUCAAGUUUAUUGCUGGCUUAAGAUGUAAAAAGUAGAUGUUUUACCAAAAGAAAAGAUUUGAAGAAUUUUUACAACGUCUUUAAGCCCUAAUUAAUUAACAUUAGACACUUUAUAUCGUAUUGUUACAUGUUUUCUCAAUAUUUUCUCAAAUCUUGGUCAAAAGUAUUUAAAAACAUGUUUUCUAAUAUGAUUAUUGUUGCAAACCAAAUAUUUCUAAAUUAAGUGAAAUACAAAAACAAGACUACUUAAACAGAAAGAUUGCUUAUUUCACUACAGAAUCUCCUUGGUUUACAAUUCAACGAAAACUCAGUGUAAUCGGAGUGAAAAUAUGUUUUUUUUUUAAAAAGAUGAUUUCAGCAAUGCCCACAGGUAUGAUUGGAGGUUUACCAGAAAAAAGGGUUUUAACACAACACUGUUGAGGUGAGAAAAAACAUUUCAAAAUAUAUUAAAGGAGUCCGAUCCCAGAGUGGUUGCAAAACACCAAAACGAAGUCUCCAUGACAUAUCACUUUAAGAAAUUAAAGAUGAACCGAUUUCAUUAUGCAAUCUUUUCUUCUUUUUUAUCUAACAUUAUUUGGGAUAUAUUGGUGUUAGGCUUUCUUCUAUGGUUGAUGAAGUGUCCUAGAUCACAGUCAGACUAUUUGAUCUUGGUAGUCAGGGUUAUAAGGCUGUUGCAUUUUUAUACAAUCACAUGUAGGAACCGCUUGAUAUAUUUUAAUGAACAGUUUGGACUCAGGAUUUCUACUCAGUGUAAUACUUAAUAACAUGAUAAAACUGAAAUACUAGUGUGGAUACUUUGUUCAUUUCAUGUUUCUGUGCAUUGCCUCACAGGUUUGGUAGAAAGAUGGUGUUUUUUGUCACCAUGCUCUUACAAGCGGUCACUGCGUUGAUCCAGGCCACCUCCGUCAGCUGGGUCAUGUUCUGCGUCCUCAACUGUGCGAGAGGACUCAGUCAGAUAUCCAACUAUAUCUCAUCAAUCGUGCUGGGUAAGGAGCGCCUCAUGCUCUUCAGUUUCUUCCACAGUUUCUGUCUCUGCCCUGUUAUGUUCCUGUGUGUUGCUCACACUCGGCAGUGUGGCAGAAGCAUGUUACCCCCUUCAGGCAGUCUUUCAGCUCCUGAUAGCUGUUUGGGAGCAUUGGUUACAGUUUCAUUGUGUUUACAGUUUUCUGUGUUAUGUUUGCAAAUGACUGCUUUUCUUCUUGUUGAGGCUCUGAGAUGCUGAGCAGUUCUGCCCGGGUCAGCUACACUCUGCUGGGUCACAGUCUAGGGUUUGGCCUCGGCUAUGCUUUGUUGCCGUUAGUUGCUUACUUCAUACGAGGCUGGAGGUUGCUGCUGGUUGCUAGUGCCAUUCCCAGCCUCUUAUUUCUUCCAUCGUGGUGGUGAGUCAUGCUAGUGGUGAACAGUGAUCAAUCUCAUGUUAAUGUUAGUUUUUUUUUUAUCUUCCUCUUUAAAAUUUAAAGUUUGAGUUUUUUCUUUACCUUUCUUUUUAAAAUUUAAAGUUUACAGUUCGUUUUGCUGCUUAAACUGAGUUGUCCUAACACUGAUAAUUGUACCUAGUGUGCAGCAUUAUUUUACAGUCAUGGAAAAUUAUGUAUUUAUCAGAAUCUAUCCAUUGAUUUGUUUUGUUCCUGCCAUAAACAAUGAAACACGUGUAAAAAUAAAACCUGAAAAACAGACCAAAUGUAUCCAAGAGCAGAAAGAAAUGAAAAAUAAAUGAAGCUGAGAAAAACAGUCUUACCUGCAACACUGAUCAUAUCCAAGUACAGGUCAACAUUAGUGAAAACUUUAUGCAAAAUAGCUUAAAUAUGCAAAAAGCUGUACACAUGACUAAAUAAUAAAUCACAAGAACGCAUCUCUGUAUGUUGCCGUUAGUGCUGUAACUUUGUCUUUCUUUUUUAUGCCAUUUUUGUUUCCAUCUAUACCUCUAUUGCAUUUAGUUCUUCUUCAACCCAAACAUUUUUUGCAUAUGUGCUUCUUGGUGUUUAUAUGGUCUGAUUCACCAUUUGAUUUCAGCCCACUUAGUAUACCUAAGGCAAAAACACCCCCUUUAGGACUUCUUAUUUAAUAACAGAUGACAAAGAUUAACCUUUACUUCCUCCUCUUCUCUCUUUCCGUUCAGGCUGAUUCCCGAGUCUCCACGCUGGCUGUUACAGAAAGGUCGGGUGGAGGAGGCUGAGCGUGUCAUACGUAAUGCUGCCAGACAGAACCGAGUCCCUGCACCUGAAAUCAUAUUCAGGGCUGGAGAGUGCUUGGAGCUAAUCGUAUUUAUUUCAUAUCCUCUCAUCAUAAUGUUGAAUCUAUUUCACAUUUUAUAUUGAACUCAAACUGUCACUGUGCACGAUGUGACUGUCCUGUUUUUCUUCUCUGUGUCUGAACAGCAAAACAAAGAUGAAGAGGGGCAGACAUACACUUAUCUGGACCUGAUACGUACCCCUAACAUGAGAAAUAUUACAAUCCUGGGAAUUUUCAUGUGGUAACAUGUUUUUUUCUGUUAGUUUACUUUUCUAAAUGUAGCUGCACAAUAUUUACUGAACUGAUAUAAUUCUCGAAUGUUAUGCCAUCAAUAAAGAGUAAUAAUUUACUGUCUGUAAUUAGGAGAAAAAGAUGAAAAAUAUCAAAAAGUAUAAGUGCAGUUCUUUCCACUUUAUUCAUUAUAUAUGGUAUUUACCACUGAAAACACUGAUAUGCUUUACAUUCAUAAUCAUUAAUUUUUCUUUAUCUUAAGUAUGACUUUAUUUGUAAAAUUAUGAAGGCCUGUUUUAUUUCUAAUUGAAAUCCUUUAGCUACUCUGUAGGAAAUGUAAUUUCUGAAAAUAUUACAAAAUUUCAUUAAUAUGAAGUGCAAAAAAACAAAAACAAUGUCAGUUAUUUGCAGAAUCAUACAAAAGUUCCAAUCAUGUCCACUUUUCUAUCUUUACAGCGGGACAAUAAAUAUGACUGCUAACAAAUAAACUAAAUAAAACUUAAACCGUUAUUUUCUGUAAGCUAUUUAAAUGAGUUGGAUAACUAUAUUGACAUGUUUUGGUGAUCAGCGUGUUAUUUUAAACACUGCCCUUCAUCUUCAUUCACUCUUGAUUUGUUGUUUCUGCAGGCUUUCUGUCGCCAUGGUCUACUAUGGUCUCUCCCUCAAUACAAGUAACCUGUAUGGAGAUGUCUACCUCAACUGCUUCUUCUCUGCCCUCAUCGACAUCGGAGCGUGCUUUGUCACAUGGCUGCUUGUGAACCGUGUCUCUCGACCCACCCUCCUUUCCUGUGCUCUGAUGUUUUGUGGCCUCCUGCUUCUGAUCAUUCAGCUGGUUCCUGAAGGUCCGCACAGUCUGAGAUUGGCGGAGUAAAUCCGAACUUGAAUGCAGUGCACUUGAGUAAAAGUGAACAUACCAUGUUUAGUAAACUUGUUGUUUUUCACAGACAUGCCUGUCAUGUUCCAGGUGUUGGCCUUGGUGGGGAAGAUGGGUGUGUCGGGUGCUUACAGCUUCAUUUAUGCGUUUUUCACUGAGCUGAUCCCCACAGUUGUCAGGAACAUGGGCUUUGGCAUCUCGUCCACAGCUGCACGCUUGGGCACCAUCAUUUCUCCCUUUGUGAUCUACAUCGGCAAGUGUUUACGUUUAUUUAUUUAUUUCUUGAUCUUGUUAUUCAUGUCUAGUAGAUGCGCCUGUGCAAACAUUUUAAAUCAAUGCACUUGCCAUGAGUGAAAAGCAUCAAAACGGUGAAAUCACUCACCUGAUUAUGACCGUUUACUUCAUACAUUUAUAAAGUUUUUAAGUUUUUCCAUGGUAAUGUACAUCAUAUGAUUUCUUUUUAAAUCAGUACUGUGGGAUGCCACUUUAAAGUACAGACGCAAUGAAUAAAAGAAUUAAAAGCAAUUCCUGGGUGAAAAGCUCGACAUGUCUGCUGUGCCAACUUAGGAAUUUUUUCUUUUGUUAUUCAAACAUGUAACAUACAUGUAAACAUGUAUUUGCUUUUGAGCCAUUUUUGAUUUCUGCAAAUAAAACAUUACAAUACAAUUUUUUCUUCCAGUACAGACAGGCUCUAAUGUUAGCAUGAGAGCCUUUCCAUUUCUUUUCCUCCCAAAUAUGUCACAUUCAUUGUCACACAUUUUGGCUCUUUUUUCUGAGGCAAGUACAAGUGUUAGAGGGAGCAUAAACAAAGGCUCUGUUACACUCAGGUGUCAGAAGUCCUAACGGUGAGCAUGCACCAUAUAAGGUCCACAAAACUUCAGCAGCAAGAAGAAAUUGAGUCAUCAUGAUUGUAAUGUCCCUGCUCUGGCAUGUCAAAAUGUCUGGUGUGGAUAAGUCCUGUGAUUGAUGACAAUAAACACAUGACCGUCUAAUUCAAGUGCCUUUCAUUCUGUUUUCAGGUGUGUACAGCAAAAUCCUUCCAUACAUUAUUUUUGGCACAAUUAGCAUCAUAGCUGCAGCUGUUGGCAUGCUGCUACCAGACACCAGAGACUGCAAACUUCCAGACCUUAUCAGCCAAGCCAAACCCAUCAGAAAGUAUGUCACUGAGUAUGAACGCAUGGAUGAUAAUUAACAGAUGUAAUGACUGUAGGGUGCUACUCAGCAGUUCUGUGAAACUGAAGCAAUCAAAUGUUGUAACCUGUAUAUGAUCUUUAGUAUAUCCAGCAUAUAUUAAUUUUUACAAACUACUAUCACAGCAUAUUUGCAGAUACUUCUUUGUAUUUCAUCCAUCUCUGUUUCUCUUUGAUUCUCCAAGGUUCAGCUGUCAGAGGAAAUGGGCUUCACUCCAGUCAGAAGGCCGUAAAGUGAAGAGCAACAGCACCCUCUGCUGAAAAAAAAAAAUCACAUUGCAUGACAAGGGCACUCAGACAGGUUUUUGUCUCACCCCAAAGUUGUUCAAAAAAGCACAGAUUUUUACCCCAUGUAGUCAUUAUUAAAAUAUUAUAAAUUAUAUUUAUUCAUUAAAAGGUCUUUAUCUUUUACAGAACAAAACCACUUCGCUACAUUUACCU